CACAUCCCGUCAGCGCGCUGGGCUGGGUUAGUCCUCCAUCUUGGCUCCGGCUAGGCUAGUGUAGCGGCUAACGGGGAACCUACCCGAAGGGGAUGAGGAGACGCUGACCGGACCGAACCGAAGCGGUGCCGCGUUGACCAAACCAACUCCGUAUCACCGAACCAGAGGCCAGCAGACGCAUCCGGACGGGGUCUGAUCCCGCACACACGCACACCCGGUUCUGCCGGGCAGCUAGCAGGCUAGCCGCCAGCAAAGAGGAACUGCUGCUCCGGUUCCGUUUGGGUCGAUGUCGGUUACAGACUGCCGGAAAAGAAGCCGUGCCGAGCCUAGCCGGGACAGAUAACCCGCCGGGCCUGUAGUCAGGACCGGGGACGGUGAUGUUGGGUGGGAACCUGCUCAGUUAAACCCGGGCUCAGGUUCACGCAGGUGUUCUGGAGCGGAGCGGGGGCUUCAUGACAGAACCCACCGACCCUCGCUCACUCUGACCCGGGAACAUGUCCGCCAGGACCCCGCUGCCCACCGUGAACGAGCGGGACGCCGAGCACCUUGCCUCAGUGGAUGACGGGCGCAGCGAGGUGCCGUCCCGCUCCGUUCGCUCCGCACGCUGUAAAAUAUCCUCGUCGUCCGGUGCAGACGAGUCGCCGCAUGUGGGAAACUACCGGUUGCUGAAAACCAUCGGAAAGGGAAACUUUGCCAAAGUGAAGCUGGCUCGACACAUCCCGACGGGACGGGAGGUAGCCAUCAAGAUCAUUGAUAAGACCCAGCUGAACCCCAGCAGCCUGCAGAAGCUCUACAGGGAGGUCCGAAUAAUGAAGAUCUUAAAUCACCCCAACAUCGUUAAGCUGUUCGAGGUGAUUGAGACAGAGAAGACUCUGUACCUUGUGAUGGAGUAUGCCAGUGGAGGUGAAGUGUUCGACUACCUUGUAGCUCACGGACGGAUGAAGGAGAAGGAGGCUAGAGCUAAAUUUAGACAGAUUAUGUCUGCAGUCCAGUACUGCCAUCAGAAGCACAUCGUUCACCGAGACCUCAAGGCGGAGAACCUUCUCCUGGACGCCGACAUGAACAUAAAGAUCGCAGACUUUGGAUUCAGCAACGAGUUCACUGUGGGAGGAAAACUGGACACCUUCUGUGGGUCUCCUCCAUACGCUGCACCUGAACUCUUCCAGGGUAAGAAGUAUGACGGUCCGGAGGUGGACGUGUGGAGUCUCGGGGUGAUUCUUUACACUCUGGUCAGUGGUUCUCUGCCGUUUGACGGGCAGAACCUGAAGGAGCUGAGGGAGCGUGUGCUGCGAGGGAAAUAUCGAAUCCCCUUCUACAUGUCGACAGACUGCGAGAACCUGCUGAAACGCUUCCUGGUGCUGAACCCGGGCAAGAGAGGAACGCUGGAGCAAAUCAUGAAGGAUCGAUGGAUCAACAGCAGCUCUGACGAAGAGGAGCUGAAGCCCUUCAUCGAGCCGGAGCUGGACAUCAGAGACCAACAGAGGAUCGACCUGAUGGUGGGGAUGGGUUACUCCAGAGAGGCGAUCAAUGAUUCGCUCUCCAAGAUGAAGUAUGAUGACAUCACAGCCACCUACCUGCUGCUGGGACGCAAGGCCACUGAGGCGGAGGCGAGCGACUCCUCCCUGCUCAAAGCCCGGCCGUCCAGCAGCAGCCAGUCUCCGGCUCAUCUCGCCCCCCUGCGCUCCACCUCCUCCAAACAGAGGAGAUACAGCGACCAAGUGUGUCCUGUCUCCGUGGCUCCUCCCACUAGGAGUCAGGCCACCGCGUCAGCAGAGGGCGAGGCGAACCCGGAAGGAGGAGGUCAGAACAGGAAGUCCAGUCCUGUGGAGGCGGGGAGUCCUCUGCUGGGGAGCACCAACAACCCCAACUUGGCCAACAUCCCUGAAAGGAGGAAGACUUCAGCCACGCCCCCUGGCGGGUCGUCCAGCAUGACGAGGAGGAACACGUAUGUGUGCAGCUCCACAGAACGCCACGCUGCAGUCCUCAACGGCAGAGACAGCAGCUCAGUGACCACACCCACCCAGCGGUCAGGGGGCGGAGCUUCCACUCACAGCGUCCGCAGCGGCGCGACCCCUCCCGAUCGGCUGCGGUUUCCUCGGGGCACGGCGAGUCGCAGCACAUUCCACGGCGGUCAGCUCCGAGAGAGACGCACCGCCACUUACAACGGCCCCCCUGCUUCCCCCACCUUGUCACAUGAUGCUGCGCCACUCGCCCAAUCACGGGCCAGAGGUUCCACCAACCUGUUCUCCAAGCUCACCUCCAAAUUCACACGCAGAGGCCGCUCAGAGGUUGAGAGGAACGGCAGAGCUGAAGGGUCCAGCCGUAACGUGUCAUCGGAGCUGAAGGAGGAGCCUGGUUCUCCCGCCGCUCCUCACCUGAAGGACUCGAAGCCUCGCUCGCUGAGGUUCACGUGGAGCAUGAAGACCACGUCAUCCAUGGAGCCUCUCGAGAUGAUGCGUGAGAUCAGGAAGGUCCUCGAUGCCAACAGCUGCGACUAUGAGCAGCGCGAGCACUUCCUGUUGCUCUGCGUCCACGGAGACGGCCAUGCCGACAGCCUCGUCCAAUGGGAGAUGGAGGUGUGCAAGCUGCCCCGGCUCUCCCUCAACGGAGUCCGCUUCAAAAGGAUUUCAGGAACAUCCAUCGCCUUCAAGAACAUCGCCUCCAAGAUCGCCAAUGAGCUCAAACUGUAGACGCACAGCAGGGGCAGUUCUUCGUCACUGCUCUGAAUGAAUGGACUGACUGCUGCAAAGCAUCAUGGGACUCUCAUGGGAGUCUACUCAAAGGACGACAAAGGAACUGUACUGGUGUUCUUUAAUUUUAUUUUGAAAGAACCUAGCCCGCCGGUGUUUCUGCCCUGCCUCCAGAGCCCGGAAGCGGGCGGUGGGCGGGGCCUCGUGGACAGGUUGGUGUUUGUGAAUGUAGAUAUUUUCAUUAGUUUUGUACAUGUGAGUGGUCAGCUGAUGGUCAGCUGCUCCUCAGGUUCACCUGUGUCUCAUUAAAUACCUUGAACGAA